GUGUAGACCGCGUUUCUCAAUGCAAACGUUACACCUAGGCGUGGUGUAUCCUAAAUUAAGCAGUCCCUAACGAAAUCAAGGGAAGUGAUUCUGAGUGUUGUAGACACUAUUAGGUUACCACCUCACGUGAUUGGGUUAAAACUACUUUAAAUAGUAUAUUAGUUUGUGGCUUACGUUUUUGUGGGAUCCAAAUAGUAUGCUGUCUAAAUCCUACUUUACAAUACUUAAACAAUGAAUAAAAAUGGAGAGUACCAUUUGGUCAUUUUGUGUCCCGAUUUAUCCCAUUAAUUUCAGUCAAUUGACCCGUUCUUUACUUCAGUAUGUUAGUUCGUCUGUUAACAAGUUCAUCCCCGACCUAAAAGGUAUCCUUGUGGAUUUUGACGCAAAAAGUUUACAAAUCAUAACUGAAGUUGAUUAUUCUGAUCGUUAUGUCCCUACUGGUUUUACUUGUGGUCUUUUCCUGAUUCAUCCAGAGUUAAACCAUCUUCGUGUACACGGGAAGAUAAAGGUCAAUAUUUUUCGCCCGUAUUUAGGUUUGGAAGUAGAUGCGAUUGUUUCAGUGGUCAGACCACAUUUUAUUCUUUGCCGUACAGAAAUUUCCAAUGUAAUGAUAAGUCUUCCACGUUUAUCUUCGGAGUCAGUAAAAAAAGAAGAAUUCAGCCAGUCCAUUUUAAAACCGUUUGACAAAAUAAGAGUUAAAUUGACUCAAAUUGAUAACAAUUUUGGCUCUCCAAUUUUACAAGGUGACUUUAUGGAGUGUCUUUCGAAACCCUUAUCAAAAUAUUCCGAGCAACAGCAUAAACAUCAAACAAAUUCUGCUGGCACUGAUAUGAGUGAUAUAAAACCAGUAAUAAAAGUCUCCGAUGAUACUGAUAGUUAUCAGACUACUUCGUCAUUUCAUAAAAAGUCUUCUGAUCCAGUCACUUUUCCGACUAAUUCACCUCACCAUAAAACACCAAAAGUUAGGAAACCAAAGAUUCGGAAACUUGAAGAAUCAUUACAAGAAGUUGGAGUCCUCGAUAAUUGUAGUGCAAGUCUCUUAACUCAUGAUGAGUCGCCAUCUGGUUCACUGAAGAGAUUACGAAAUGAGAACUCAUCCACUUCCAAAGUAUUAAAAAAGAAAGGUAAUUCAGAUUCAGAAGAGAUUAUCCCUGCUUUAUUAAAUGAUGCACUGUUAAAAUGUGGUAGAAAAUACAGGUCAAGCCAUAAUCUAUUAUCUUCUGUAACUGUAAAAGAGGAACCAACUUGAUCUUUUACCAAUAAAUGUGCUAUACACGCAUACAUAGUUAUUACUUUCCAUAUUUUUCAUUUAUAAUGUAUAAAUAAAUGAUUAUGUUUGCA